AUGGGGACCUCCUCUCGGGCUCAGUUCGAUCUUAUGUCCGCGGGUUGCGUCAAACAUGAACCAAUGGUUAGAGUUUUCGACGAAGCAAUUAAGAUAGCCAUGCCAAACAAACCGAAAUGCCAAGUCAGAAUAAUGGACAUGGGAUCCGGGACUGGACUUCUGGGAGUGGAGCUGAACAAAAGGGGCUACACAAACGUAGACGCCCUAGAUGUCACUCAGAAAAUGUUGGAUGUAUCUAGGGAGAAGGGCGUCUACACGAAAUUUAUAUGUGCCCAUCUAACGGAGGCGCGGACCCCUGGCAUUGAGGAUGGUGAUUACAAUGCCAUAAUUUCAUCUGGAGUGGUUACAGCGGCUUACGGACAUAUUAAACCACCGGCCUUUUAUGAGAUGAUGAGAGUAAUUAGCGAUGGUAAGUGUGGUGCUUUCCUUUCCUUUUAG